AUGUCAAAUAUGCUUUUUAGCAGUUAAAAAAAAGUAAUUUGUUUUUUGUUGAACACGCCGGCUUAUUACGUUAUUGUAUUUUAUCGUGGGUCAUUAUGGUGACACUUGGGGGCUCGAGUAAGAGUUUUGAAUCCAGCCCCUGAUUUCACAGCAUGAGAAAUUUUCUUUUCAAAACUACGAUUACAGAGUGUAAUUUUGUCUUUGCGCCCCAGUAGGAAAAAGUCAGCUAUGUGGUUUGGAAUAUUCGAGAGAGGAGGGGCACAUCUUGGCAGUUGUGUUCAAAUGCGUGUGUGGAGACGUGAGCUCAUUAUUUGCUCUCUCUCCCUCCCUCCCACCACUUCUUUCUUCAUCUCUCUCCCGGCUCCUCUCGGGGCGUUGCCCGGCUCACUAUAUAUACAGUACUCGAAUAAACUCCUCGUGAACUCUUGGUUUUCUUUCAAACCCGUCCUGCACACUCAGCCUCCUCCUUAGUUCGCACCUACCUGCAUCUGCAGCCAUGACUGACUUGGAGAAAUGCAUGGAGAACCUCAUUGUCAUAUUCCAUCGCUAUGCCAAAGACGACGGCGAUGGGAAAACGCUGAGCAAAAAAGAACUCAAAAAACUGUUGGAGACUGAGUUACCCACAUUCCUUUCGACUCAAAAGAACCCCAAAACGGUGGACUGCAUCUUGCAGGACCUGGACCACAACAAAGACGACAAGUUGGACUUUGAAGAGUUUCUCCCCCUGGUCGCGGGCAUCUCUAUGGCCUGUGAGAAGUGUUACAUGCUGCGUCAGAAGAAGGGGAAACAAUAGAUGAAUCUUACACUUACUCGUAUGUUUUGGAGUGUCUGAAGUGUCCAGAAGGACAAGCAGAGCUUUGACUGAAUAUCACCUUGUCUGUCUGAUUAGCCCCACCACGAAACGCUGUUUUUGUAUUUUUAUUCUGCAUGAUGUGAACACAUGGAUUCAUUUUAGUCCAAAGACCCCACCCUGCUCUUACUGGCUCUGAAACUCAGCUGGCGGCCUAAGAAUUCUUUGGCACUACUAUCUUACUUUACUCACAUCUUUUUCUUCUAACGCAUAUGUACUGAAUCACAAAGCUAACAAAUACUGUAGGUCUAAAUAAGUCAUAAUUAUAACUUUCACGGCUGAAAUAAAAUAUUAGCCAGCUUGCAGAAUUGCUUCUCUGAUUUUUCUUGGGUCACAGUUGCAUGACCAUUUGUUGCUAUGCAGACUUUCAACAGGUCUUCCAAACAUGCAUGGAUUCUUGUUGGUUUAAAAAAAAUCAGAUCAGACCCUCGCACCUCGUUUUCAUGGCCAAUUCUCAAAGUAAUCUACUUCUGAUCACGUUACGCUCACAUUCAAUGGCGUGAGAGAAAAAAAAAUGCAAAAACAAUUUAGCACUGCCUGUUUGUAGAAAUCUAAGGUAUUGUUAUUAAGAUAUUUGUCCUGAUUGGCACUUAUUGGGAAAAUCCCCAUCCCCCCUUUGAAGCUUAAUCCUUAGAAAUCAAACCAAAAUGGCCAAUUUACUAUUCAAUUUCGGGCAUGGGUCCUGAAUAUUUUUUUGUGCAUCCUUUGAUGAUAUACAUGUCUACCCAAUUUUAUGUUGCUAAGUGAAACUUUUGAAACUUUCCAUGGGACUCUGUUGAAUGAGUUUUAAGGUUCACGUUUGAGACCCCCAGAACAGUAACUACCAACCAUUGUUCUGUGAGCGACCAUCACAUGUGCUGUGGCAAAGUAGUCUGAACAUUGUUUACAACAAAAAAUGUCUUUGUUCUUCUGUGCCAUUGACGUAUAGUGACAGGCAAAACAAUAAAUGCUCUUCCACGAGAUGCCAAUUAACGUGUAUCUGCUUUUUGUGCCAUGGGAGAUUUUUUUUUCUUCUGUAAAAAAUGUGGCUUGGCUCAAUAAAGGCUGUGAAACACUGA